GUAGUGAAAACCGCGAUUGUAUUUUUGGCUCGUCACGAACUGUCAGUGCAUCCCUCGUCGGCCAAUCGUAAACAGAAAGCGACACCCAGUGGCCCCAUCAAGCACUACCGUUGGCAGACUUCUUGUUGGCCAACAAUUUUUUAAUUUUUUUUUCUGAUCCUUACGUGUGAAUUAUAACCAUGGAGCAAUAUCUAAGUCGGCGCGAGAGUGGCUUCCGUUCGUGGGGCGAUGAGAACUUUGUGAUGCGGCGCGUAUAUACAAGCAUGAAUAUGUUUAACAGCUAUCACGCCAACUUGCGUCCCGACGAGGCUGGACGCCACACUGGGGCGAUUUUUAAUCUGGAAUUCAAUGCCGAUGGCAACGUGUUGGUGGCCGCCACCGAGCGGAAGUGCGUCUUGGUGUUCGAUGCCAUCACACAGAAGGAAAUCGUGAAGGUACCCGAUGCCCACACUGACAGCGUCAAUUGCAUCAAGUUCUUCGACGAUCGCCUCUUUGCCACGGGCUCUGAUGAUUUUACCGUCGCUCUGUGGGACUUGCGCAACAUGCGCGAAAAGCUUCGUGUCUUGCAUGGCCAUUCCAAUUGGGUGAAGAACAUCGAGUACUCGUCCAAGGACAAGCUGCUCGUCAGCUCCGGCUUCGAUGGCAGCAUCUUCACCUGGGACAUUGCCUCGCACACGGAACAGGGCCUGAUCUCGCAGCGUGUGUUCCAUGCCAGCGGCCUCAUGAGAUGCCGCAUCUCCCCGACGGGCGACAAGCUGGUGUUGUGCACCAGCGGUGGCUACAUCAUGAUCAUCCAUCACUUGGACUUGACCACAUUGCACAAAGACCUCAGUGGCUUCAGACCUGGCAUCUAUCGUCUCAUGCAGUUGGGCGAUCAGUACAUACCACAGGCGGCCAAAUACGAUCAUGUGUUCUCGCGGCGCCAGAAGAAGAACCGCGUGGAGCUGGUCACAGAUUUUCCGGAGCACAACGAUGCCGAGAUGAUAAUGGCCCUACAGAUUCAUCCGCACUGCCGCUGCAUGCUGACGCGCAAUGUGAGCUGCGACGAGCAGAGCGAGUGGACCUGCAUACACGACAUCAACGAGGAGACCCCCACGGCCGAUGCUGAGAUUGAGGAGGAGGUGGUGGUGCCAAAAUUAAAAAGACGCCACCCAUCCAGCACGUCCGGUCGUGCAGCCACUACGUCCGAGACUGCUCCAGCAACGGCUCCAGAAGGAAGCGUCAGUCAAGACGGGCUUCCGACGCGUCCGACACGCCGAUUCACGCGCGGCGGCUUGCAGGUAUUCCGAUAUAAUCCAACUGCCGGCCGUGGUGUCUCCGCCGCAUACGCACGGCAUCUGCAUGAGCGACCAGAAAGCUUUAUACCCGAUAUCUGGGCAGCAGAGGUAACCGUCCAAGAGCGUGCCACGCGCCAGAUUCGUGCGCGUGAGGCCAACAACCAAGUGAGUGGAUAUAACUUUGUUUAUGCCAUUAGCAGUGGAGUCUUACCAUUGCGUCAGGCGGCAGCGGCGGUAGCGGCCAGCCAACGCCAAACCACUGCCUCUCUACCCAGCUCCGAGGAUACCGAUCCAGAGAGAAGCAGCACCAGCAGCGGGGGCAGCAUUGGCGUCACAAACAACGGCACCACAGUGCGCGUCGAUAUCGGACCACGUCGUCUAGUCCCCUUUAUGGCCACCAUGGCACCAGAACUGAAAUCCAAUGACCAUUCCAUACUGGUGAAUGCCAAGAAACUCCUGUACUACGCCUCCGAGACGAACACAAAGCCGGGCUUCAUCAAGGAGCCGGGCUUCUCCGCCGACGGCCGUAUCAUCUGCUCGCCCUACGGCAACGGCGUGCGCCUCUUGGGCUACAGCGCCGACUGCUGCGACUAUCCCAGCUACAAGACUUUCGAGGAGGUCAAGCAGAGCCCGCGCCAGCUGGUGGAGCUCGCACACAUCACGGAGCACCAGGAUGUAGUGCUCUGCGCCAAGUUCAGUCCCCGGGAGCCCCUCCUUGUCACGGGCUGCAAUAGCGGGGAGGUGACCUGGUAUCGGCCCAAUCUUUAAGUUUUAAGUUUUUUAAUAUUUAAUAUUUUAUUUUAGCAUUUCACAGAAUUUGUAAAUUGCUUAGUUUUAUUUAAUGUAGUUCUUUUAUCCGGAACUUGUGACUGCCUUCAAGAAUCUCCCCUUGAGAAAUACAUGGAAACUUGUUGGACUGGACCGAUUAA